GUUCGUGUUUCGUUCCUAACUUCAUUCGCCACUGUGCUAUCGUAUCGUUCGUUUUCAAUAGUUUUAUUGAGUGUGAUUUGAAUUGUUCUAUUUAUUAAAUUAAAUUAUUGCUGUGUCGUCAACUUCGAUUGAUAUUAUCAAAGAUCCAGUAUUUUAGGAAUCUUUCACCACGGUUUUCACAAAAUUCUUUUCAAGAAUGGUGCAAAAAGGGCCUCGUCCUUUGGUGUUGUGCGGUCCUUCUGGAUCAGGCAAGAGCACGUUGUUGAAGCGUCUGCUGAAGGAGUUUCCUGAUAAGUUUGGAUUUAGCGUUUCGCACACCACAAGAGCACCACGUCCAGGGGAGAAGAAUGGUGUUCAUUACCACUUUACCAACGUAGAAGAUAUGACUGCGUCUAUUGCAAGAGGGGAAUUCAUAGAAUCUGCGGUUUUCAAUGGGAAUAUGUAUGGAACUAGUAAACAAUCUGUGGAUGAUGUGCGUUGCACUGGAUGUAUCUGUGUGCUGGACAUUGAUGUUGAGGGAGUGAAACAAGUAAAGGGAACUGAUUUCAACCCGCUGCUGGUGUUUGUGAUGCCUCCUUCUCUUGAGGAGUUGGAGAGACGUCUGCGAGCCCGCAACACAGAGCAUGAAGAGUCAUUGAGUGGAAGGUUGGAGAUUGCCCGCAAAGAGAUCAUAUAUGGUCAGGAGCCAGGAAACUUUCAUAUUAUUAUACUCAACGACAAUCUGGAUAAAGCAUAUGCAGAGUUACGUGAAUUUGUUUUCAAAAAUGUUGAGGAGAAAGAGCGAGAUCCCAAGGACCAAAAAGCCGAAGAGAAGUGAACUCCUUUGCAUGAAGCAUGAUCACUUGAUUAAACUUUAGGAUACAUACACAAACAAAAAUGUUAUCCCACUGUUUUUGAGAAUUUUAAAUUGGUGUUAAUCAUAAAUAACACUGUUCUGUGGCCCCAAUAAACUUAAAGAAAUAUUAAUAUAUUGUAAAUCAGUUAUAAAAAAAUCUAUGAGAAACUACCUCCUAUUAAAUAUUUAAGAACACAGUAUUGUAAAACCAUAAAAUGGUUAUUAACAGCAUUUUGAAUUUAUGUUAGAUGUGUAGGGAUUGCAUAGUAAUUGUUGUUCGAAAUGUAGUCAUUAUAAAUGUUAGAGAUCAUAUUUAAAUUAAGCAAAUGAAUGUGCUUUUUGAUCGAUGUUUAGGAAAUUACUAAGGAUUUAAAAGUUAAACCAAAAUCUAAAUUUUGGGCUUGACUAUUAUUUAUUGAAAAGUGGCUGUUUAUGUCUGAAAUAGCAUUUAAAUGCUUGAAGUAGGAUCUUAAGAAUAAGCUGUGUUAAACUGAAAAACAAUCCUUACUGCCUAAUGUAAAAUUUACCAUUAUGUACCAAUAACAAAAAACCGAUACGACACAAGUUUUUAUGAUGUUUAAUUAUUAAAAUCACUUAUUUUUAAGACAAUUGAAUCUCGGAACUAACAAGCUUGCCAUAAAAAUUUUCACAAACAUUCCAUAAUCACAAUAAAUGAAAGAAAAACAUGUAAUUAUAAUAAAAAAAAAGUUUUAAUAAGUUAUGAACUAAGCAUUUUAUUUUAUUUCUAAGUUUUAUAAGGAUAUACCUAUUUUGUGCCAAAUUUUACACUUUUCGGCUUACACAAGCAAAAUAUAUUUGCAAGCGGUGUGCAAUCUUACACUAGGUGUAAAUUAUACUUACUAAAUAAUACUUAACUAUUUUAGUGUAGCACGAAACUUUAGCUGUAGGUCUUGUGUGGACAAUCUUAUUUGUUUUACUUAAUAACAAAGAUGUUUAUUUAAUUAUAAGUUUGUAUUUAACAAAAAGAGCUUACACUUCACAAUCACAUUACACGAGGUGCAUAGUUAUAUGUAUUUCCGAAUUAUAUUGUUAUAAUUAGUUCAAAUACUGGUUUACAUGACCAAUAAUUAUUGAACCUAAUUUGAGCAUGACCACCUAUGUAUUGCGGGUAUUGUUAAAUAUAUUAAAUUACAUAAAGAAUUACGAAAAAUCUGAAAUGUAUAUUUUGUAUGUAAAUAAGCAAUAGCUAAUAAAUUCCAUACUACUGAAUAUUAAAGACGUGAAACGGUCCGUUAUGCUUUGGCGGCAAAACUGCUUAGCUGAUUUUGAUAAAAUUUGGUAUGCGAUCAUCUACUUUUUACUGCUAUAUAAUAGACCUCCACGCGGGAAAGAAACGGGUAAAAGCGAAUAGUUGUUAUUUUGUAUCAGUUAUUAAUUUAUUUUUCCUUAUAGCUUCUCCUUUCUUCGAGGAUGCCGAAGGGAAAGUACGCAGGAAGAUUCGUCUCAACUAAAUAUAGUUAAUACUACAGCUAAACUUGUCGCUUUAUAUAUGAGUAAUAACUAUGGUGUUUUAUAUCUGAACUAUUUAAUUCUGCUUUCAAUAACUAUUUAAGACUCGGCAUAGUGACUAAAACAGCAGUGUCUGUAUAAAAGUUCCGCCUUUUUAGUCACUUGUGGCAAAUCAACAGUUGCUAAAAGCUCUUUAUCGUUACACACAAAGUGUGAGAUUCUAAAUCUGUGUUAUAUUUUUAUAUACUUACCAAUGAAAACAUUUUUGGUGUUCAAAAUAAAAUCAUUCCAAGAAACUAGCAAUGCUGUGCUUGUAAUAAAUGAAAAUUGUGAUUUGCAUAAUUUUAAUUGUAUUUAUAAUUAUAUAUUUAUUGAUACUUGAUGUGUUGCGUUUACAGAUAUAGUAUGUUUUAAGUGUUUUCUGUAUAGAUAAUAAAAAUAUGUAAUUAAUAUGAA